AUGUUUGAGAACGGCGAUGUCAAUCUUGUCGCAACACAGGUGAGGCUUAAGCGGGAGCAUCUGAAUAUAGCGAAAUUUGAAGCUGAUAAUGGAUUGGAUCCGAUGUUGGACUUGGCUUUGGUGGGAUCAGAAUGGCAAUUCAGGAUUCAAAGCCGAGCAACUAAAUGGCAGGACAAUUUGGUUGUCACAUCCACACGAUCAGUGGAACAAGAAGUUCGCUCGCCCUCUGAGGCGGCCAGAGUGUUUGAAAGUCAACUGGCGGAGUCCAUCUUAGAAGGGGACGGUCAACUUGCAUUAAAAAAGCUUGCAACGGCAACUCUGGAGACUCUAAUGCCGAGAAUAGAAGGGAAGGGGGAAUUUGGACAUGCCAGAUGGAGGCUUGUGUAUGCACCACAAAUCCCCAGCUUGCUUUCUGUUGAUCCAACUGUUGAUCCCCUAAAAUCAAUAGCCAGCAAUAUCUCCUUUGGUACAGAGGUGGAAGUCCAGUUGGGGAAACGCCUUCAGGCAUCUGUGGUGAGACAGAUGAAGGAUUCAGAGAUGGCAAUGCAAUGGACGUUGAUUUACCAGCUUACAAGCAGAUUGCGUGUCCUUCUACAGUCCGCCCCAUCCAAGCGUAUGCUUUUUGAAUACUCCACUACAUCACAAGACUGAAUCUGUAUUCACUACUGCAGGCCAGGCUGGCAGUCUCCUUAGGUUAGGGAUAUAUAUAUAUAUAUAAUUUUUUUUUUGUAAAAAUGAAUCUCAAGAUUUUUUCCCCUCGCUUUCAUUCUUUGCUUUGCUGCAUCCCUCCCUCUCCAAUACGUACAUGAUUGAAAAGAGAGAGAUCUCAAGUGUAAAAAAUGUGUAAAUAUGACGGACAUUAUUGUUAUUAUUGUAUAUAUGUAGUGCAAAUCAAAUUAUGCCA